CAAUGGACUUCAUGUUUGUUUACAAAUUAAUUUCUAAAUAUUUUGUGCCAGUUAUUAACUAAAACAUUUUAGAAUUUUAGACUACGGAUAACAGUAACAAUGUCAACCACCUUAUCCAUUCGCCUCAAACGUGCUAGUAAAAUUUACCAUGAAGGGGAGAUCAUAGUGGGCGUGGUGGUGGUGGAGAGCUCGGCGGACGUGCGACACGAGGGGCUGGCGCUGCUGCUGGAGGGCGCCGCCGCGCUGCAGCUCAGCAACAAGAACACCGGCAUCUUCGACGCCUUCUCCAACAAUCUGAAGCCAAUAAACCUAAUAAACAUAGCCAUAGAGCUGGCGCCAGCGGGGAAGAUCCCAGCGGGAGUGACGGAGAUCCCGUUCGAGAUGCCGCUGCAGGCGCGCGGGCCGCCCUCGCCCGGCUGCCCCGGCCUGCUCGAGACCUACCACGGUGUGUUCGUCAACAUCACCUAUACACUCAAGUGCAGCAUGAAGAGAUCCUUCUUGAACAAACCACUUAAUACAACCUGCCAGUUCUUCGUGCAGUACAGACCGCAAGAGGCGCCGCCGCUGAAGCCGGUGCGCUGCGAGAUCACGCCGGCCACCAUCCGCGCGGGCGACGCGGGCGCCGGCGCCGCCAGGAACAUACCACCCUUCCAGGUGUAUGCUGAGAUAGACUCCACUGUGUGUGCCUUGGACAAACCCAUUACGGGGAAGAUCCGCGUGGACUCGUGCUCGGCGCGCAUCAAGUCGCUGGAGCUGCAGCUGGUGCGCGUGGAGACGGUCGGCGGCGCCGAGGGCUACUCCAGAGACGCGACGGAGAUCCAGAACAUCCAGGUGGGGUGUGGCGACACGCGGCGCGCGCGCGACCUGCCGCUGCACCUCGUGCUGCCGCGCCUCUUCACCUGCCCCACCACCACCACCGUCUACUUCAAGAUAGAAUUUGAGCUGAACAUCGCGGUGAUCUUCGAGGACGACCACCUCGUCACCGAGAACUUCCCCAUCCUGCUGCUGCGGAGCAAGUAGCCCGUCAUACCUGUAGCUUUAAUGUGUAACCUGAGGAUUUUAUACAAUAUUAUUUUAAGUUUAUGUAAAUAAGGUUUAAGAUAUUUAAAUGUUUAUAAAUGCUAUCGUUCAAAA